GAGAUUCUUAUGACAAACAAAAAAUAGCUUGAGUGUACCAGGGAUGUAGUUCUGCUGACGGAUGGAGAAGGCUGCCAAGGAUAAGGAGAGAAAAAUCACUACAGAUUUCUUGCUUCCCCUGAAAGCAGGUUGAACAAUCCAGAUUCUCUGAUUUCCAGCCCGGCCAGCCAGGCCUCCCUCUUUCAAGCUCCUUUUGUCUUAUUUUCCUCUUCCUUCUGAGAAACAUAAAAUGAGUAAGAGGUGGAAGAUCCCUUGCCCAACCAUGAUUCAGGAGAAAGCUCAGCCAAAGAACAGGCAAGUGUGGCAUCGCCUAGUGGACUUGUAGAGGCAGGUCUCAGAGCCACCCCUGAUUUUGCAAAGAAGGCACCUCUUUCAUCACACGUUCUAGGACCUUCAAGUUCAGGAAGAAACUCUCUGCUUCUCCACUGACGACUUGGCACAAUGUGCCCUGCAGGACCAGUGUGAGUAAACAGGAGGCUUCUCUACAACAUGACCCACAGGGACAAUGCAGGUCCUGUUUGCAGCCUGAAGUUUGUGACUCUCCUGGUGGCUCUAAGUCCAGAGCUCCUAUUCCUGGGAGCCGGAGUGCAGCUUCAAAACAAUGGGUAUGAUGGAUUACUCGUUGCAAUCAAUCCUCAGGUAUCCGAGGAUCAGAACCUCAUCCCAAAUAUUAAGGAAAUGAUAACUGAAGCUUCUUUUUACCUAUUUAAUGCUACCAAGAGAAGACUGUUUUUCAGAAAUAUAAAAAUUGUAAUUCCUGCCACAUGGAAAGCUAAUAAUUAUAGCAAAGUAAAACAAGAAUCAUAUGAAAAGGCAAAUGUCAUAGUGACUAAUUGGUAUGGGGCACAUGGAGGUGAUCCAUAUACCCUACAAUACAGAGGGUGUGGAAAAGAGGGAAAAUAUAUUUAUUUCACACCUGACUUUCUACUAAAUGAUGACUUAACAGCGGGCUAUGGAUCACGAGGCAGAGUGUUUGUCCAUGAAUGGGCCCAUCUUCGAUGGGGUGUGUUUGAUGAAUAUAACAAUGAGAAACCUGUCUACAUAAAUGGGCAAAAUCAAAUUAAAGUAACAAGGUUACUUGAAAGCAUGGGUGAGAAUGUUAAACCUCACCACGAAAUGAGAAACACUGUGGCUGUGGAUAACAGUGUGGGCAACGACACUGCCUUUCUAGUCACAUGGCAGACCAGUGGUCCCCCUGAGAUUGUAGUAUUUGAUCCUAAUGGAAGAAAAUACAAUACAAAUAAUUUUAUCAUCAAUCAAGCUUUGCGGACUGCUCACCUCUGGAUUCCAGGAACUGCUGUGCCUGGGCCCUGGACUUACACACUGAACAAUACCCACCAUUCUCUGCAAGCCCUGAAAGUGACAGCGAUCUCGCGUGCCUCCUGCUCAGACAUACCUCCUGCUACUGUGGAAGUCUUUGUGGAAGAAGACAGCACCCGUUUUCCCCAUCCCAUGAUGAUCUAUGCGAAUGUGAGAAAGGGCUUCUAUCCCAUUCUCAAUGCCACUGUCACUGCUAUGAUUGAGCCAGAGACUGGAGAUCCUGUUACACUGAAACUUUUUGAUGACGGAGCAGGUGUCGAUGUUAUAAAAAAUGAUGGAAUUUACUCGAGGUAUUUUUUCUCCUUUGCUGUAAAUGGUAGAUAUAGCUUGAAAGUGCAUGUCAAUCAUUCUCCCAGCAUAAGCGCCCUAGCCCACUCUAUUCCAGGGAGUCAUGCUAUGUACAUACCAGGUUACAUAGCAAACGGUAAGAAUCAUUAGCACUGUUAUCUGAAUAGCAUCAUUAAUGUUUAUACCACUGAUGAGUGUGUGUGUGUGUGUGUGUGUGUGUGUGUGUGUGUUUCAAAGAGGAAGGCAGGAGUGAAAAAGAUGAAAUUUCAAACUUCUUUCUACUUAAGUCAAUGUAUAAUUUGUUGACUAUCUCUUCAGUCCUUAAAAGUUCAUGGCUG